UGCACUAGAAAAAACUGUCAUUCGCUUCAUCGUAGCAAUAUUUUUUCUCAAGUGAAUGAAAGUACUGCAGUUUUGCAUCGCAUGAAUUGAUAAUAUUCCAACUGAAAACUAGAUUUUUGAAACCUUAAAUUUGAAUGAAUAUCCAUCCGUUUGAUUGAUUGAUGGUUUGAAGCCUUAGAUCUCAUACUAAACAAUCAAGCGGAAUUCCGUUGAGCUCUAAGAGUGUGUCAGUGGUUGUGUCACAGUGCGUUGUCAACCCGGGGGCUGGUGUUUUCUCGCUAACAUUUCGCACCCAUCCGGAGGGCGGUGAGAGUGUAAAUUUGUGUGUUGAGCCAGUCAAUGAAUGGUUCAGAACCCGACUGCUUUCCGGUUCUGAUCCACAUCCGCUGCCUAUAGUGAAACGAUUCCGUUGAAGUGUGAUUUGAAGUGACUGAAGAGGUGACGAAGAAAGAGGAGGUGUACUGGAAAACCGGUUUUAGGUUUGUAAUAGGAUCUCCUAGCAAGCAUCCUUAGGAGAGGACUCGACGCCGAAAGCGAACAGGUGGAACUAUGGGCGACAGCAGUCCGGUUGAGAUUGUCGACGAAGCUGGCGGAAAUAGGGCCAAGACGAAGAUUGAAAUCGACAUCGAGAACCAUGUUCUCGGUACUACCGUUAGGUUGUCGGACGGAACGGAUGGCCGCGUCUUCAGCCGUAAUGGACGCAACAAGGAAAAUCAGUUCAUCUACACGUGCCAUCUUUGCGGAGUGGCCGUACUGCCUGGCGAACGGGUCCUGCAGACCCAUAUUGCGGGACGUAAACAUCAAAGCCGGUUGAAUUUGCCGGUUAUUGAUGCGGAACAGUUCCGAAAUUCAUCCACGCCAAAAUCUGCGAAAAUUCAAAUGCAUAUUGCUCCCGGAGAGCCGGUACCUCCUGGAAUGGAGAAUGAGGUGAAACCAGUUGCUGAGCUGCAGACUACGAUCGAUAAAUUCAAGCAUGGGCCCAUGGUCGGCUUGGAGUACAUCAUGGAGUUAACAACACCCGGUAAAAAGGAACCCAGCUACCAUUGCGUGCUAUGCGACAAGAAAGGUGACCCUCGAACUGUUGUAGUUCAUAUCACGAGCCAUAUUCACCGGGUGAAGUUUUUGGAGAAACAUUAUCCAACGGUCGUCAACGAAUUGGCUCCGUACCGUAGCCAACGUGGCGCCAAUAAGGAAAUCAUAAAUCGUGUCAUUCAAACCGUGUGCGAAGCCAUCGAAGAUCACCACGGUCGGCUGACACCGACUGUUCACGAUAGUGCCGACUACACGCGCAACAAGAUGAAAUAUCUGCAAGAGGUCAUUUUCGAGAAACACUUCGAUGAGCGUACUGGACCCAAGUUUGUCGAAGUGAUUGACAAGAAAAUGCUGCAGGAUCAGAUGGCUGCCCUUCAAGCUAAGUCGAAUGUACCAACACCGGCAGCAGCAGCAGCAGCAGCAACAACUACUACUACUAGUACUACGACGGAGACGAAACGUGAUCCGUCGCCACCGGUGGUUCAGGCCCCGCAGAAAAAAGCGCGCCCAAUUCGGGCCGAUCGGAAGAGUUUGGAUUCCAUCUCGAGCAGUGAUUCGGUGCAGAGUAUUUCGUCAGAAGAUUCCACCAAACUCACCGAGCAACCCCCCGCCGGACGUUAUGGCGACUCCAGCCAAGCGUCGCGAUCUCGCCCUCCUGCUGCUGCUCCCGUGCCACGAUCCUUUAAUCGCGGUCGAAGCCCGCUACCGUUUCGUCGUGGAGCUCCACCACACAGGCGUAGCCCCGUACCGCGUAGCCGCUACGAUCGCCGUAGCCGUAGUCCGCCCCCACGGCGUCGAUCCCGCAGUCCUCCGCCACGUCGACGUUCGCGUAGCCCAGUCAGGCGUCGCAGUCCAAUACGAUCCGAUCGUUCGCCAUUGCGGUUCAAUGAUCGGAGGUCACCCUCACCCGGGUCGAAGAAGUGCAAGGCACUUCCCACACCAAAACAGCUAUCGCUACAAGCUUCCGAAAUCGCCCAUGAACGGUAUAAGUGGGAGAAGUAUCGCUGCUCGCUGGAGAUUGCCAUCGCGCUGAUCGACAAAUCGUUUAAAGAGCAUGAAAAAAAUCCAGAGAAACACCCUCAAUAUCCCGAAGAAUGGAAAAUGUUCUGGAAUCGACGGUAUAAGGAGUUGCAGAAUGAGAAAAAAGAUCCUUCCAAGCAUGAUUUCAAACCCGAGUGGAUCGUGUUUUGGACAAAGCGAAUGAAGGAACUUCGCGAUGAGGAGAUUGAGCAGAAGAAAGUGGAGAUUAAAAAGAAGCUCAAUCUUCCAGAUGAGGGAGCUGAAAAAACUGCGGAACUCAAAGAACAGUAUGCGCUAAAGGUUAAUAAAAAGAAGCGUGCGCUGGGUUCACCAAUUGAAUCGAGUGAUGAUGAAAAAAUGAGCGUCAAAUCCAGAGAAUCGGUUAAGGUAAGAAGCACUCGUACCAAACAGUCGAAGAGUCCUUUGAGUGAUGACGACUUUGAAGAGAGGUCUCGUCACAGCAGCAGCAGAGCAUAUAGUCGAGAGCAGGAACGUGAUCGCGAUCGUAAUCGCGAACGUGAUUGGGAAAUGGAACGAGGUCGUUCACGCCCGUUACCAAUGCAUGUACAACACGAUCAGGAUUACGACGAGUGGGCAAAGAGUUAUUACGGCCCGAAUAAAAAAGUAUUCGUUCGGAAGGAGUUUGAUAAUGACAGUUCUGGUCCUCUCAAUUUUGUCGCUGUUUGCCGUUUGUUGACUGCGUUAGAGGAAUACCUUGGGCCAAGUCUAGGGCCGAAAAUUAUUGAUUUGCUUUCUAAGGCGCUUGCUUUGGAAAAGGUCAAAGCCAAUUCCGCAGACGAUCUUUUACUAAAUGAGGAUAACUGUAUGUUUUUGGAAACGGUGAAGGAGAAAUUGAAGGGACAUCUAAUGGGAAAUUUGGUUGAAAAUCAGAAAAUCGCAGCGGUCAAAAAGGCAAUCAAAAAUAUUGCUAGUUUGGUUCAUGAAGCGUCCAAAAAGGAAAAGGUUGAACCAGUUGUUGAAAAGCCUAUCGUUCUGCCAACUGCUGUCCCACCAACCACCGAAGGUGGUGUGGAUAAGGCGGCUAUUGCUCAAAAAUUGGCUGCAGCUUUAGUUGCACAGGGCAAAACUGACUUCACUAGCGAGGAACUGGAGCAACUGAUUAACGUGUAUGUUGCCAUGGCAGAAGCUUCAAAGGAGAAGGAAAAAGUCGUUACAACCAGCAGCUUUUUGACUGAUAUUGCGCCUACCAAACUUUCAGCAGUUGCAAGAAAGCCCGAAACCUCUUCCCAGCGGGAAGAGCCAUCGUAUUCAAAAGAUACUACGGAAAACACCGAAGGAACCGCUCUCGAAGGUCUGACCGAUUCCGACUUGCAAACACUGCUGCAAAACUUUAAGGAUCUUUCCAACGAAGAACAAUUACAUUUGAUUUCUCAUCUCAAAAAGCUCGAGCGUACCGAUCCGCUUAGGGUCGAAAAACUGCGAAGAUAUGUUAAUCUGGAUGACAAACCGUCGACAAGUAACCGUCAGCUGAGAGAUCAGUAUUCGGAUGAGGAAGACGAUCGAAAUUUCGACGAUGAUGAGGCAAACUUCGGUGAUGGACAAAACUUUGAGGACGACGUACCGGACUUUACCGGUACAAACGCACUCAAUUCUGACUCUCAAAUGAAAUCGCUGGCCACCGGUGCUUUCGGAGAGAAGAACACCGAUUUGUAUAGCCAGAAAAAAUUGAUUGACUCGGAUGAGGAAGACUAUUCUUACGAUGAUGUGGUCCGAGCUGCUUCGAAAAAUGUUAAUGUGGCAGCUCCCAAAAAUAGUUGCAAUCCUACUAAAGGAAUAACUCUUCGAAAGGAUCUUGGCGGAGACAAUUUCGACGGAUCCUCUAAUUUCUCCCGAGCCAGCAACGAGCGUAGCUCGCAGUUGGAUACUCAACACAUUAUCGCCAACCUAAUGGGCUCCCUGCCCAAACCUGGCAACGCUCAAAAUUCCUCCAGCUACAAUAAUCCAAUCGCUACGAUCGGUCAGAGUAAUGAUUCGCGACAAAAUCUUAACUACUACGACAACACCUCACAGCACUCCAAUUCCAGCUUUGGUGGUUCUUACGCCAACAAUCCUCAAAUGGCAUCGAACGGCUCUUUCCCCGCUCAAACCAGCAAUCAGUUCGCUUCGAUGCAAUCCACAAACUCAAAUCCCAACAGUGCGCCAUACUACUACCAGCAGCAACAACAACAGCAGCAGCAAAUGAGAGCGCAACAACAAAUGCAUCCCACCCAGCAGAAGACUUCGAUGGGUUUCGGUGGCCAGUUCGGGGGUCCGUCUCAGCAGGGGGCGUAUAUGUGGCCCCAGAACUCCGGAGCAAGUCAACAAGGGCAUCAGCAGGGCGGAUAUUACGAGAAUAACUAUUAUUAGGCCGUUAGAACUGUAAGCUAUUGGGAGUAACCAGAAUACUGAGCUGAGGUACAUUUUUAAGUGAAACAAAACGCUAAGUGAUUCCACAAAACACACUAUAUCUGAACGAAUAUAAUUAUGUGUUGCAAACUGUG